AUAUUUAUUUUGAAAUAGAAGUUAUAAUUAAUUCAAAAUGGUGUACAAAAUAACAGAAAUAAAGGAUGUGCCUCUCCCUGUUAGCAGGAUAAGAUCGGUAACUGCACAACUCAUAGCAAGUAUGGCACCGAACCUGCUACUCCUGGAUUUGGGCAUGGCCGUCAGUUUCGCCACCAUAGUGAUACCAGACUUACUGAACGCACCAGGCAGUUUGUCAUUCACAGACAGCGAAGCGUCAUGGUUUGGCAGUCUUUCAUUUCUGACGCAGCCAUUCGGAGCACUACUCUCCGGACCAUUAGUAGACUAUGUCGGAAGAAAGAGAGCUACAUUCCUGGUCAACAUACCACAUGUGAUAGCCUGGAUCCUCAUGUAUUUUGCCUGGAACGUUCCCAUUUUGUUCAUUGGGAACGCACUGCUGGGCAUAGGAACUGGGAUCAUGGAAGCACCUAUCAACUCUUAUGUUUCAGAAAUCAGUGAACCAUCAGUGCGUGGAGCGUUAUGCACCGUCACCCAGUUGUUUCUGUCCAUCGGCAUAUUUGCGAUGUACUUCCUCGGGUCUGUGGUGACGUGGCGGGUUGCAGCCAUCAUCUGCAUCUCCAUUCCUUUCACGUCUAUGCUCCUGGUUGUUAUAGGUGCUGUCCCAGAUACACCAGUUUGGUUGCUCUCUCAAGGUCGGGAGAAAGAUGCUCUGAAAUCCUUAUGUUACCUCCGAGGCUGGACCACAGCGGAUAACGUGAAGGAAGAAUUUGAUGAGCUCGUGGUAUACUCCAAGAGUUUGGAUGGCUGCGUCAUCUGUUGGAAGGAGAAACGAGAUGAGUCUCAAUGUGAUCACUAUGAGAUGAAUGUUUUUAAGAGGUUCUUCACCAAGUUCAACAUAGUGAUGCUUUGCAAGGAAACCUUGAGGCCUCUAACCCUCACGAUGCUAUACUUUACCUUCGUCGUCAUGAGCGGUCUCACUCCGGUCAAGCCAAACAUGGUCAAUGUCUGCUCUGCUUUCGGCAUGGCAGAUGAUAGCAAGAAUAUUGUCGUAAUGGUAGGAGUAAUAACACUUAUAGCAAGCGUUGUCGUCAUUGGCAUAAUAAAGUCCGUCGGCAAACGCAAACUGGGCAUAUCUUCCAUGUUCGCAUCAGGUGUAUGCUGUACCGUGCUCAGCAUCUAUGCCGGAGCUAAUCUAGCUGAUACCGUGUCUUCGUAUGACCCAAAGACGUUCCCAGAAGAGAAGAGUGUGGUGCCGUUGAUAUUCUUCUAUCUUCUCACUAUAUUUACUGGGUUUAAUGUGUCUUGGGUUAUACUUGGAGAAGUGUUCCCUUUCAGGAGUCGAGCCUCAGCCCAAGGCACGGGAGCAGCCUGGAACUACGUGGUCAUGUUUAUCGGCUCGAAGACCUUCAUAGACUUGGAGACCCACUUCAGGCUCACGGGAGCCUUCGCCACAUACGCAGCCUUCGCUUACCUCGGCACCAUCUACCUGUACUUCUUCAUGCCAGAAACUGAAGGAAAAUCCCUUCAAGAAAUCGAAUCAUACUACGAAGGAAGACUCAGGAUAUUCGCCGACGACUGGUUCAUAAACAUAUUCAAGAAAAAGAAAUAA